AUGACAAAACUCGAUAAUCCAUUCAUAGAGAAAAUGAUUAAAGGGAUUCCACUCAACGAGGAAGACAGGAUACCAUGGCUGGAAACAUUCCAAGACACGCUUCAAAUGAAGAUCGACCAGAUUAUUUCCAGCAGUCACGAUACUUACGACGAUGCUGAUGACAACAAGAAGAGGAAAGUAGUGCUUUGUUGUUCAGCUCUGCAGAAGAAGUACAAAGAGAUUUUGAUAACUGUUGAUCCUAAUUACAAUCCAGGGAGUUAUGUUCCUGGUACGGUUAAGUUUAUUCACUUGGAGAUGCCGAUUGAGGUGUUGCUGAGCUGUGUUAAUAAGAGAGCAGCAGAAGGAAAACAUUUCAUGCCUGCUUCACUGUUGCAGUCGCAAUUAGAUUUUCAACAGAUUGAUAAUGAUCAAGAGAAAGACAUCACUGUAGUUGAUGGCACUCUGCCUCCACAACUUGUUGUAAACUAUAUUCGCUCACUCUUGUGA